AUGGUGCAGCAGCUCUUCGCCUGCUUCAAUCGGGGCACCUCGUCGAGUGAGAGAAAAAAGACCGCCGACUCGGCGAUGGAGGAGCAUCGCCGUGCCGGUCCAGUCGUUGUCGAGCUGUUCUCUUCCCAGGGUUGUGGAACCUCGACGGAGGCCGAAGACAUCACCACGCGGCUCGGCCACGAGGAGAUCGUCGACGUCCCCAUGCUAGUACUCGCCUUCCACGUCGAUUAUUGGGACUACCGCGACUGGAAUGAUCCCUUCAGAUCCAGCGCCUGGACCGUGCGGCAGAAAGCCUACGUCGAGUCGAUGCGCCUUGACACGCUCUAUACGCCUUAG